GCGAGGACCUCUUCAGCCAUGAUGACAUGUUCUCCAACAUCUAUAAGAUCCAGGAGAUUGCAGAUGGACUGUGCCUGGAGGCAGAGGGGAAGACAGUCAGUAGGACAGAGGGUAACCUUGGUGACUCGCUGGUUGGUGGAGAUUCCUCUGCUGAAGGCUGGGAGGGUACCGAAAGCUCAGUCAUCCCUGGUGUUGAGACUGUCAUGAACCAUCCCUUGCAAGAAACCGACUUCUACAGAAAGUACAUCAAAGAUUACACGAAAUCAACCAAAGGCAAACUUGAAGAACAGAGGACAGAAAUGACAGGGGCUGCAGAACAAAUCAAGCACAUCCUUGCUAAUUUAAAAAACUACCAGUUCUUUAUUGGUGAAAACGUGAAUCCAGACGGCAUGGCUCUUGCUGGACUACUGCGAAGAUGGUGACACCCCAAAUAUGAUUUUCUUGAACAUGGUUUAGG